UGUAAGAGCAAGYAUAUGGYUAGACAAGUUUUACGAUCAAAUUAAGAACUAUUAAAGAUUGUCAGAGAUCCGUAUAAAACCCUAGCCAUGGUUACGCCGGUAGCUACAGUAAAACUUGUCUUAAAACUUGUGGUUUAAAAGACUGUGAACUAGAUUUCGCAUGCUAAGCUAAGUAAACGAGGCUAGUAUGGAAUCGUCGGAUCCUAUAAGCCCGAUGAGACGAAGUUUAAGCGAUGCAAGGCUCGACGGAGCUGAAAGCGAACUUGUACCCGACUUUCUGAGUGAAAGAGAAACGACUGCAGUCGUAAAUUUCAAGCGUACACGAACGUUGACCGCGAAAGGUCAACAAUAUGAAACAUUAUUAAAGGAAACAAACUUAGACAAAGCUCUCAAGGAGCUAAAGAAUAUCAUGAAUAACAUUGAGCUGACGUGGCUCGAUCACGGCUCAGAUAUUUUGCGAAAGAACAGACAUAACCUUGAAAAAUACCGCAAUAAUCUACAAAUAUUGCAAGAAGAUCUCAGAAGGAUAGCAUCA